AUAUGCAGAGUUCGUCCAGUGAAGUUCCACUUUGACCUGUGGCUUCAGUCAUUCCUAAGCUUGCAGCAGCGAAGACUCAUUCUGUGAGAAAGGACUUGUGGUCACUUUCGAAAUGGGUGACAACGAUUCUGCAGUGUCGACGCUGCCCGGCUAUGAAUAUGAUAGUGCGGUGACUUCAGUGUCUCCAUGUGAAUAUACCGACAUCAAUAAUUUCGGUCGCAUGUUUCUACCUCCCUUUUAUGCCAUCAUCUUCAACAUCAGCCUGCUGGGCAAUGGACUGGUCUUGUUUAUAAUGUACAAGUUUGAAAGCCUCAACACGGUCACCAACAUAUUCCUCCUCAACCUGGUCGCGUCUAACCUGAUUUUCACCUCCAGUCUCCCGUUUCAAGCCGUCUACCAUCGCUCAGAGUGGAUAUUUGGACUCGUUGCUUGCAAACUGGUGAACAGCAUCUACUUUCUGGGCUUCUACAGCUCCGUCUUCUUCCUCACGCUCAUGACAUUCGACCGCUACCUGGCCGUGGUCCAUGUGGUGUUUGCGACAAAGCAGCGGAGGAGCUGCUACGCCCUGGUAUUGGCUGCCGUCGUCUGGAUGGUCAGUGUCCUCGCCACCCUGGAGUCUUUUUUCGGCCAUGUUGUGUUAGAAGACCCAGUUUUGAAGAGAAUCUGCGUAGACAACAGUGACCCAGAGCACAAGAUCAUGGGCACCUACUCUCAGUUUGUGCUGUUCUUUAUCUUCCCUUUGGUCGUCAUCCUCUACUGCUACAUCAGGAUUGGCCUGAGAGUGAUCUCCAGCCGAAUGAAGGGCAAACACCGGACUGUGAAGCUCAUCUUCGUCAUUGUGGUGCUGUUCUUCCUGUGCUGGAGCCCGUACAACGUGAUCUUAUUAAUGAUGGAGCAGGUAACCGACCCUUGUGACAGCAGCCUUAAUUAUUCACAGUAUGUCACUCACAACAUUGCUCACCUGUACUUCUGCAUCAACCCAGUUUUCUACACGUUUUUGGGUCGGAAAUUUCAGAAUCACGUGCGUCGACUGCUGGUGAAAGAGGUGCCGUGUUUAAAGACCCAUUUGACCACCAGUGGAACCAGCAGAUCCUUUUCUUAGAUGAACCUUGAAGUCUGAUGAAAGAAAGUCUGCAUCUGUUUAACUGUUAAAAAUAACUGCUUCUUUUUUUAUUUCUUUCUUUUUUAUUUCCAUUUUAUUUGUAUUGUACAGUUCUGAAGGUUGGUGCAUAGUGAUAAAUGUGACCCAAUGUAGCCAAGAGUGCAUGGGGAUAUGGCCUGAGGGUAGACUGUGUAGUCUACAUUUGAAAAUAAGUUGCUUAUGACUGUUGAUUCUGUAGAUUAGACAUUGGGUAUGGUCCCUGCCCUCACUUAAAAAAAAAAAAAAAGUCAGUCUGAGCACAAGCUGCUAGAGUUAGUGUAACUUCCUAUUAGAGUUAUACGUGUCUAUUGUAUCUACACUGCACUGUAAAGUCUACUGAAGUUCACUGAAAAUAUAGGAUAAAGGAUAAUGUUGUCAAUGUUGUUUGAUGUUUAUGUAAAUGUCUGUGGAAAUGUCUUCUGGUUAUGAAUCCUCAUGUGAGCAGUGUUCAUGUGUUGAGCAAGUCUGUCUGUGACACACUGAAUUUGCAAGCCAUUGUUUAAUAGAGGGACUGAAUAAAUCAUUGUAUAGUACCGAAUAUGAUUACAGAUAUUGUCACUAUAAUGUUCACUAUUCAUUCAUUAAAAAUAUUGAUUGAGGUUA